UACAACGGCCGUACAACCUCAUUACGGCCUAUUUUGAUAGCCUCAUACGACAAACCGAUUCUCCCAUCAUUUAAAUACAUGCACAUAUACGCAAGCAGCGAUUUAUAUUAGUGGAAAACUACUGCCAAGAUGCCGUUGCAAGCAGUUAUGAUCGUUGUGGAUAACAGCGAGAGUAGCCGCAAUGGCGAUUACCAGCCUUCUAGGUUCGAUGCUCAAGCGGAUGCUAUUAAUAUCACGUUCGAAAGCAUUACCCAGUCCAACCCCGAGUCUUCCGUCGGCUUGAUGAGUAUGGGUGGGAAAGGACCCGAAGUUCUGUCCACCUUGACGACGGAGCGCGGCAAGCUUCUCGAUGGCUUGCACCGCACAAAAAAGAAGAUCUCCGGCUCCUCUCACCUUGCGACAGGUAUCCAGAUUGCCAGUCUAGCAUUGAAGCACCGACAAAACAAGUCGCAACGCCAGCGCAUCAUCGUCUUCGUAUGCUCUCCCGUAGCCGACGACGAGAAGAAGUUAGUUUCAUUAGCAAAGAAGAUGAAGAAGGGAAAUAUCGAUAUCGAUUUUGUUCUAUUCGGCGACCUAGAUGACGAUGACGUACAGAAGAAACUCGAGGCUUUCAACGCCGCUGUUAAGACCAACGAUAAUUCGCACCUCGUUGUCAUCCCACCCAGCGGAAAGUUACUAAGUGAUCAACUAAUAACCACACCUAUCCUACUUGGCGAGGGAGCUGCAGGCGGUGCCGGCGCUGCAGCCGAAGGUGGCGGUGGUGACUUUGGUGACUUCGACUUUGACCCUAGUGCCGAUCCGGAACUGGCACUUGCCCUACGCAUGAGUAUGGAAGAAGAGAAUGCGAGACAGGCCAAGCAAGCCAAGGAUGCAGAGGCCGCUAAGAAGCCCAAGUUAGAGGGCAUAGACGAAGAUGGUGAAAAUCAGCCACUGCUGAAUGAGCAGGGCGAGCCCAGCGGAAGCGGAAGCGGGUCUGCCGAAGAGAAAAAAGAUAGCAAGAAAGAUGACAAUGACAAGAUGGAUACGUCGUAGGCUUGCUUAUUUAUCUACGGCCAGUUAACUCCGUUCUCGUCGGCAUAUGAUCACGGAGUUGGGCUUGUACAGUAAUAAUAGACUUGAGGCUUCUGCUAGUGAUGAAUUAGGAGAGCUGCCUAUCCCGCAGGAAAAUAGCAGCAGUUUUUCUAUUGA